GUUCAAAGCCCAAACUAAUUCAUAAUGUGAACCGGAUCUUCUUACGAAGCCCAAACUAAUUCUUGGGCCGUUCUGGCCUUAUUAAAAUCCUCCAAAAGACGAGAGCACCACAAGUAAAUACCCACACAUUUCUUCGUACAGCAACGAACGAAAUGGAAACAGCCACCCCUUUUCCAACAGCCACCGCGACCAUCGGCGACGGCGCCGUUGACACGACCGCCAUCGAAUCCACAGCCGUAACCGCCGCAACCACUGCCUCUGGAGAUUUAUCCUCCGAAGACACCUCCACCAAUGGCACCCCGCAAGCUGCACACUCCGAUCAAACUUACCCUAAUCUCUCCCCAAAUUCGGCGAAUCGCCCCCAAAUCACAGACGCCGACGACGAAGAACGAACCUCCCCCCGGAAAAACCAAAAGCUCUCCGACUUGCCGAAGCCCGAGCUCAUGGAAUCCGAAAUUACCGAACCGCCCUCGCUCGCGUACGCAACUCCCGUCCCACCUCAGAACGGGAAACCAUCGGCGGCCAAAUCCAGCAAAAAGUCGAAGAAGAAAAGCAACGACGUGUGGACCACCACAUCCAGGAAGGGGAAGAAGAAGACGAAGCACACCUCCAUCGGCAACCAUAAUUCCAAGAAUGCCACCACCGGCGACGGUGAGGAUAAAGUGAUGAUAACCCCAAUCCCUAGGUUUCCGGACAAGAAUGAUGACAGCGUAGACUUGCAGAUCUGCCUGUCGAAGGCCUACAAGGCGGAGAAGGUGGAACUAAGUGAGGACAGGCUGACUGCCGGCAGCACAAAGGGUUAUAGAAUGGUGAGGGCAACUCGGGGCAUCUGUGAGGGCGCGUGGUACUUUGAGAUAAAGGUGGUGCAUUUGGGUGAGACGGGACACACGAGGCUGGGCUGGUCCACGGAUAAGGGGGACUUGCAGGCGCCCGUUGGGUAUGAUGGGAAUAGCUUUGGCUACAGGGAUAUUGAUGGGAGCAAAGUGCACAAGGCUUUGAGGGAAAAGUACGGUGAUGAAGGGUAUAAAGAAGGUGAUGUCAUUGGAUUUUACAUUAACAUGCCUGAUGGAGGAGCUUAUGCCCCCAAACCCCCAAGGCUGGUUUGGUAUAAGGGACAAAGGUAUUUUUGUGCGCCCGACCCCAAGGAAGAUCCACCGAAAAUCGUGCCUGGAAGUGAGAUAUCUUUCUUCAAAAAUGGAAUAUGUCAGGGGGUUGCUUUCACAGACCUUUACGGUGGCCAGUAUUUCCCGGCAGCCUCAAUGUACACCCUUCCCGACCAACCAAAUUGUGUUGUUAAGUUCAAUUUUGGUCCGAAUUUUGAGAAAUUCCCUGAAGACUUUGGUGGGCGUCCUAUCCCGAGACCUAUGAUUGAAGUCCCAUAUCAAAGUUAUGAAUGCCGGGUUGAGAAUGAGCUCUCCACUGAGAAGAAAUAGUAGCGCUUAUUCACUUUUUUGUUAGUGUGUGUGGUUAGGGCAGGUGAUUUUGGUAAUUGUUCACUGAGUGGUUACAUUAAGCAAAGCACAAGGGAGUGUUGGGGCUUGAGAUUUGGGUAAAGCAUAGCAUAGAAGAGUGCUUUUCUGAGAGCUUUGAAUGGUUUUCAUUUGGGAAGAUGUAGAAUUGUUGUUGAAUUUAUUUUCUCCUGUAAAUUUAUUUUCAAGUAAAGCAUGGAAUGAUCUUUUGAAUUGUUCUCACCGAAUCAUGUAAAGAUUUCCUCUUUCUGACAGUCUAUCUCCCUUUAGAUUGGCUAUCUUACUUACUAGAAGCUUUUGUCCCGGAACCCUGACCUACUGUUGUAUGCAAUAAAUAGAAUAGGCAUUUCUUUGAAUCCUUUUUCAAGUUAUGCAAUUGUG